GCAGUAUUACCAAUACGCAACAAUAUAUCACGUAAAAAGAAAAGAAAAAAUAUAAAAUAACCAUAUAUAUUUGUUGAGCUUUUGGCCGAAAACCGCAGCAAUAUGGUUUCAACAAAAAAUUUUGAAGUUUUUUUGACUAUUGGACCCAACAUAUUGGUGCGGUUUCUGGCAAGAACCGCAACAAUAUAUUAAAAGAAUAUUAAAAAAUAUAUUAUUUUAAUCUAUUAUUGCGAUUCCUUCUAGAAACAGCAGUAAUAGGGUCAUUAGGGUUUUAUACUACUAAGGGCGCCGUUUCUUCACUAUUUCCCCUCACUUUCACUUCAUAGUAUCUCCUUCCUCCUCUAUCUCUCCUCACCCUCUCUAGAUCUCCUUCCUCUCUCCUCACUUUCAUAUUAUCUCCUUCCUUCUAUAUCUCUCCUCACCUUCUCUAGAUCUCCUUCCUCUCUCACACUUCGCCAUUUCUCCAGAUCUCCUUGUCGUUCUUCGAGAUUUCGUUGCUCGAUUUCACGCCGACCAACACCACCACCAUACCGGCCACAACAAACCCACCGGCGCUUCCUAUUACGUCAACGCCAUCGAUUUUGUGCCAUUAGCCUUUCAUGCCAUCAGCAUUCCUCCACCGUCGAAAUCUGGUGACCAUCGGCGAGUUUAUCUCUCUUUCUUUGAACGAAGAGUACCUCUUCGCAAUAUUGGCGCUCGUAGCUCUGAUCCUCCGUCAUUGCUUGCUUUCGCUGGUCGCCUCGAGUUUUUCGAGUUCUUGGCGAUUCUUCGAGUUUGUUGUUGAUUUUCAGUUUCUUAUUUUUUGUUUUAAGAUCUCUUUUUUUAUUUUCAUUUUCUUAUUUUUUUAAAUAUAUUUCUUGUUUUUUUUUAAUUAGUCAUUUAGUUGUAACUGUUUUUAUUUUUUUUUGCAUUUUCAUUUUACUUUUUGAUCUUUUGUAUUGUUUAUGUAACUAGCUUUUUUUUUUUAUCUUUAUAUAUAUUAAUGAGUUCAUAUGUCUUUUCAUCUUCAGUUCAUCUGCGAAUUUGGUGGAUAGUGGAUGGGUUAGUUGCCUGGUUUUAAUCUUUCAAAUUUGAUUGCAAAAUGCAAAAAAAAAAAUUAAUUUACCUGUACCAGGAUCUAUUGCUACGGUUUUGGACAAAAACCGCGGUUCCUAGCCAAAGCCGCAGCAAUACGUUGUACUUUUUUAAUAAAAAAUAAAUCUAUUGCCGCGGUUUUGGCUAGGAACCGCAACAAUAUCUCGGCCUAUUAUUGCGGUCAAAAACCGCAGCAGUAGGUUAAUUACCUAUUGCUGUGCCCUUAAUUGCUGCGCGGCCAAAACCGCCGCAAUCGGCCACUUAAUGACCGCGACAAUAAGCAUUUAUUCUACUAGUGCUUGAUAGUGAAAACGAGGUCUGACAAUCACGUGAUAUGCACGUAAGUAGUUACCAAACUCAAAUGGAUUACAAUUGGGCUACAACAAGAUCGUGGGUUAUUGGGGAGGGAGGGGAAUUGUGCUCCGACGAGGUCAUGAGUCAUUCGAGAGGGAGAGAAAGUUCUGGUAAUAUGCUCACAUGAGUAGUACAUAAUGAUAAUUUUAUCAUGCACCCGGAUGUACCAUGCUCAUUCGUAUACCCAAUAGCCUUGGAUACAUGUAUAAUGCAUAUGGUACACCCGAGUGUAUGAUGAAUGUAGGUCAAAUCUUAUUUUAGCAGUCUCCCUUAACUAAAAAUUGUUAAGUGGUAGUGUUUGAAAGGAUUUUACAAUAAAAAGUAGUUUUGUAAAAUUUAUUCUUUAAAAGUCAGUUUUUUAGGAAAAAAGUUUGUUAUAAAAGGUAGUUUUUUAAGAAUUUUCCUUUAUAAAUAAUUAUUUUUUUUAUUUUGUUUUGUGACCUUUACAUUCAUGAUGGUAACUCUAAUUCAAACUUUUAACUUAUUGGCUUAUUGUGUGUGCAUAUCAUGCGCCGGUGUUUUAACUAUAUAUCACACAUUGCCCUACAUUUGCAUGGUCCAAUGUGCUCCUGCUUUAAGCAAGACUUGCAUAGUUACAAUGUCUGACAAUGCAGGAAAUCCAUGGACCAAGGAAGAGCACCAAUCAUUCUUGAUGGGAUUGCAAGCGCUAGGAAAAGGGAAGUGGAAAGGGAUUGCAAAAAAGUACGUGAUUUCUAGAUCGCCAUCUCAAGUGGCUAGUCAUGCACAAAAAUAUUUCAUCCGACUUGCAGCUUCAGAGAAAAAGAAAAUAAGACCUAGUGUAUUUGAUGCCAACCUUCAAGAACCUCAGGUUGAUGUGGAUGGAAAUGGGCAGAAAAAGUUUGUUGUAGGAAGCUGCACCCCAAUUAUGUUAUAUUCAUAUGGACCGGUGACAGUUAACUUCUCACAUGAGACUUACAUGUAUCUGCCUCAAGGCUCAAACCCAUGAUUCAUGAUUGAACUAGAAAAGUUUCAAAUGUAAUGCUCCACAAAAUCACAAAUCAUCGAAAAAGAAUGAAAAAUAAAGGAAUCACUUCAGCUUAAAGAAAGAAGUUUUGAUUAUAUAUACUUGAGAGUGAUCGUUAUAUUCUGAAA